AUGCAAUUGGUUCAUCGAACCAACUAUUGGGGGAAAUACAUUGACUCUAGUAACACUGACGAUGAAGUCGAUUUCGACGCCAUUUGGGCUAUGGCCUUGAACGAUGGCGACUGGCACUGUUGCCCAGGUUUUGGUCGACGCUGGGUUGAAGUUGUCAAUUCUGAUUUUCGAGAUGAGUAUGAUGGUUGGUGGUCUGUGUUCUUGGUGAGCGAAAGGAGAGGUCAUUCGGAUGGGCAUUACUUUUACAAAUUUGUUGCAAUCCCUCAAGGGACUUAUAGCUAUGGGAAAAAAGGAUGUCAACAGCGCGGUUGGAGCUACCAAGGAGAGUUUGAGGCCGACAAUGCCCGUGAUCAACUCGAAUCGAUACUGGACUAUUGGCUAAACUUGGAUGACGAUGACUUUAUCCACAUUCAUAUUGGAAUUUGGAUGGAUCAGCUUUAUACAGGAGGGUGA